AUGACCCUGACCACGAUGUCGCGGGAUCUUAUCGACGUCGAUGUUCGUCAUGGUCCGUGCUGGCCGACGCCGAUCUGGGAUCCUGCGACGCCGAUUCGUGGGGAGGAUCCACGAACUGACGAUGACCAGGAUGGACGACGGCCAAGAUCGGCACCAACCUGUCCGCGCUCAGUCCUGGCCAUGGUCCUCGUGUUCGUUCCCUCCAGGUGCUUCGGGUGCAUGUGGAGCGAGACCAUCUGCUGCUGCGAGCUAGAGCUCUGUUGCAAGUCGGGCCAGGACUAUCUCUGCUGCGGCUGCUGCGCGCUGCGCUUCGUCUCGCCCGAAGUGUGCUGCAAGUCGCAGGGGCAGGUGUGCUGCUGCGCCGGGGCGUCCGGCAUCCCGUGCGACGACGAGGUGCCCUGCAUGUUCGGCACGUGCGGCAUCAUCUGCUACCCGGGGCUCAACGUCUGCAAGACUCUCGGCGAGAUCCGGCGGGGUGGCGAGGGCGGGGACGCCAACGACGAGCCCUCGGCGUCCGACUGA